GCUAUAUAUCUCUCUCUUUAUUUCUCCAACACAUCGUGUCAUUCUCACAUUUCAUAUAACUCGAUUAGGAAGAAAGGAGGAAAGUUGGGAUUUAGAAAUGGAUCAAAAACAAAACAUAGAACAGUUCAAAGGCCAACCAAGACUACCAAAAUUUGCUAUCCCAAAACGUUAUGAUCUUUAUCUCAAACUUGAUCUCUCUGCCUGUACUUUUUCUGGUUUAGUUCAUAUUAAUCUCAGCAUCGUGGAAACAACUAAGUUCAUAGUCCUAAAUGCUUGUGAACUUGUUGUCCACCAAGUCUUUUUCACCACCUCUCUCAACCAUAGAAUUACACCGUGUGAUGUAGUUUUGAAUGGCAAUGAUGAGAUACUUAUGUUGGGAUUUGAGCAAGUGCUUGGUACUGGUGAAGGAGUGUUAAGUAUGGAGUUUUCUGGGGCUCUUAAUGAGCAGUUGAAAGGCCUUUACAAAUGUACUUAUGUUGAUAAAGGAGUAAGAAAGAAUAUGGCAGUCACCCAAUUUGAAGCCCUGCAAGCAAGGCUGUGUUUUCCGUGCUGGGAUGAACCUGCUCUUAAGGCAACUUUUAAGAUCACAUUGGAUUUGCCCUCGGAGUUGAUUGCCUUGUCAAAUAUGCCAAUCAAUGAUGAAAAGAUCAAUGGGAAUGUUAAGACCGUUUACUUUGAGGAGUCUCCAAAAAUGUCGACUUAUUUGGUUGCUAUUGCAGUUGGUUUAUUCGAUCAUAUUGAAGAAACAACAGCAGAUGGAAUUAAGGUUGGAGUAUAUUGCCCUGUUGGUAAGAGCGAUGAAGGGAAGUUUGCACUAGAAGUUGCUGUUAAGUCACUUGAUAUAUUUACUAGGUACUUCUCAAUGCCUUAUCCACUCCCUAAGCUAGAUAUGGUUGCUGUCCCUGAAUUUUUUGGUGGAGGUAUGGAGAAUUAUGGUUUGAUCAUAUACCGUGAAAAUGAGAUGCUUUACACUGAUUCACGCUCUACAGCUGCUAGAAAGCAGCGGCUUACAAUAGUUGUAGCACAUGAAGUUGCCCACCAAUGGUUUGGCAAUCUUGUAACAAUGGAAUGGUGGACUCAUUUGUGGCUUAAUGAAGGUUUUGCAACAUGGAUUAGUUAUAUGGCUACUGAUGUCAUGUUCCCAGAGUGGGAAAUAUGGACACAAUUUCUCCAAGAAAUUAAUGGUGGCUUGCGUCUGGAUGCACAGGAGAAAUCACAUCCAAUUGAGAUGGAGAUUCAGCAUGGUCACGAAGUUGAUGAAGCAUUUGAUGCUAUCGGCUAUAAGAAGGGAUCUGCAGUCAUCAGGAUGCUACAGGAAUAUAUUGGGGAUGAAAUAUUCCAGAAAUCCUUAAGCUUCUACAUAAGAAGGUAUGCUUGGAGCAACGCGAGGACAGAAGAUUUAUGGAGUGUCCUUUCAGAGGUAACUGGCAUUCAAGUAAACUCAAUGAUGGACAGCUGGACAAAGCAGAAGGGAUAUCCAGUUAUCUCAGUGAAAUCCAAAGACCAUAUUUUGGAAUUUGAGCAGUCACAGUUCUUGUUGUCUGGCUUUCAUGGUGAUGGACAGUGGAUUGUCCCAAUAACCUUGUGCUUUGGUUCAUACGACAGAAUCAAGAGUUUUCUUUUGGAAUCAAAAUCUGAAAAUCUGGAUGCCUCUGAACUAUUUCCCACUUCAGAUGAAAAGAAUGAAGAUGAAUAUGGUGAAGCAUCAUGGAUCAAGGUUAAUAUUGGGCAAAGUGGUUUCUACAGGGUAAAAUAUGGAGAUGAACUCGAUGCACGACUCAGGAAAGCUAUAGAGAAAGGCUUCGUGUCAGUAACUGAUAAAUACGGCAUCCUCGAUGACAAAUAUGCUCUUUGUGUGGCAUGUGAACAAUCAUUAUCAUCUUUGCUUUUGUUAAUGGAUGUAUACAGAAAAGAGAGCGAUUACAUCAUUUUAUCGAAACUUAUCGAUGUUUGCUAUAAUGUUCUGGAGGUCUUGAGAGAUGCUAUCCCAGAAUUAACAAAUGCAUUGAAAGAAAUUUUCAUCAACAUCCUUCUAUGUUCGGCCAAAAAAUUAGGUUGGGAAUCCACACCUGGUGAGAGUCAUUUAACUGGUCUAAUGAGGGGUGAGGUCUUUAUGGCGUUGGCUGCUUUUGACCAUGCUCAAACUCAUGAACAAGCAAUGCAUCGCUUUCAAUCAUUCUUGGAUGAUAGAAGCACUGAACUCCUUUCACCAGACACUAAAAGGGCUGCCUACAUUGCUGUUAUGAGGAACGCUAACACAAGUAGAGAUGGUUUUGAGUCCCUCUUGAAGGUUUAUAGAGAAGCUGAUGCUGUUCAAGAGAAAGAACAUGUUUUACGUACGAUGGCAUCCACUCCCAGUCCAGAUAUUCUUGUGGAAGUUCUGAACUUUUUUAUAUCUAAAGAGGUUCGAGAUCAAGAUAUCGUUUAUGGACUUCCUGGAAUAAGCUUAGAAGGGCAUGAAAUAGCAUGGUGGUGGAUGAAGGAGAACUGGAACUUUAUCAUAAACAAGUAUAAUGGAGGGCUCCUCACACAUUUUAUUCGUGACAUUAUAUCACCGACUUGAAGAGUACCGGGUAGGCGUAUGUGUCCUAUAUGCGAGUGUUCAAUCUUUUCCAAGUUCUUUCAUAUAUUUGAAUGAUCAUAUCCUAUAGCCCGACAUGAGUUCUUUAGGGAAAAUGAAAGCCAAGAACACACAAUCAACCAGCUUGUUCCUAUAGCUUGUUGAAAUUGGCCAACCAUGCUGCUGUUACAUUUUGUGGUUGAAGUGCAUGCAGCUUGAUGACAUGCUGCAGCACAUAUGCUUGCUAUAACAGCAAGGUUUCUCUUUAGUUUCAUCCUAAUUAAACUAGUUGAAAAUGAACAAGUUGAUGACAACUUGAUGCAUUAGGUGUUGAAUGACUAGUUUAGGUGGCUUGUUUAUGUGUACAAGCAAUGUUUAUGAAGUUAGUAGGCUAAUUAGUGGUAGUAGGUAGUAUUUGGUGAUGUAUUUGACUAUAAAUAUGUUGUUUUUCUAGUUGAAUGAAUGAGCUGAAUGAGCUAUCAGCCAUAAGCUCCCUUGCUGCACGUUUGUGAGCAAGUAAAAAUUUUCUUGCACCUUGCUUCA